CCAUUUCUCAGUGCACCACUGUGCACCGCGGUCCCCAGUCCGUGUGAAACACACAGAGAGCGACAGUGAACACAGAGAGAUGGCGCUGCGAGCCUGUGGCUUCAUAGUGUUUCGCCUGGCCGACUCUCUUCCCCCACCAGACAACAUCGAGUACCUCCUCCUGCAGACGUCCUACGGCAAGCACCACUGGACCCCACCUAAAGGUCAUGUGGACCCAGGGGAGGAUGACCUCACCACAGCCCUGAGAGAGACCAAAGAGGAGGCGGGGCUUGGGGCAGAUCACCUGCAGGUGGUUGACGGCUUUUUGCAGGAGCUGCGCUACAACGUGCGAGGCCGACCCAAGGAGGUGCUGUACUGGCUGGCCGAGCUGAGAGACCCAGGGACAGCAGUGACUUUGUCUGACGAGCACCAGGACUUCCGCUGGGCCCGGCUGGAGGAGGCCUGCAAUCUGGCCCAGCACAAAAGCCUGCAGGACACACUGAGAGCAGCACAGACACACUUACAAGCUCGGGAAGACAAACAGUGAUGUGACAAGGUUUAGGCUGAACAGAGAGGAUGAUUAUAGAGAUGGCUCUCAAGAUGAUGUGUCGACUGGCAUGUUGAAACAUCAACUCUUUUGACAUCCAGUCUGAAAGCACUGCUUUUAAUUCAUGCAACAGAAUAAUGUUGUCUCUUUCUGAAUGAACUGUAUUUUGUCUUUGUUAAUACAUUGUCUGUGCUGUGCAGUCUUAAGGGAAAUCACAGCUGGAAAUGAAUCAACGGUUGAAAAUCAGAUCACUGAUUUGAUGUUAGUCACUGCACAAAAACAUGAUUAUCUAUGUCGUUGAAUUCAUGUGUAACAGGAUUAAAGCAUAAAUGAUGCUGA